AUGGACGACCUGGACGAGCUCCUGCGCGACGAGGAUGAGGACGAAGACGAAGACGACGCCAAGUCGAGCGUCGAGACUGGCGACGAGGACAACGGCGACGAUGCCAAGUCCAACGAGAACAGCGAGGACGAGGCCAGCGUCGAGACGCCAGAAGCCGUCGACGCCGGCGGCGAGACGGCAGAAGACGAGCCGUACGACACGGCCGACGACGACGCGCCAGACGACGAAGACGAAGACAUGGGCGCCGAGGCUGGACCUAUGGACAUGCUGCGCUUCAUCCAGGCCAUGCCCGAGGCCGACGUGCGCCGCCACGAGCAAUUCCGCCGGUCCCACUUUGACAAGAACGUCAUCAAGCGGUGCAUGACGCAGGUGAUCGAAGAGGCCUGCGUGGGCGAGCGCCGCGUCCCGCCGGUCCAUAACGCCAUGUCCAUCGUCAUGUCGGGGCUGGCCAAAAUGUUUCUCGGCGAGCUCAUUGCCGAAGCGCGCAAGAUAAUGGCGCAUGCCGGCGACGACGGGCCGAUCCGGCCGCACCACCUCCGCGAGGCCCACCGCAAGUACUACAAGCGCCAUCCGUUGAUCCGCGGGCGCAACCGGCGCCGGCUGCUCAAGUAA